UACCAAUCGAUCUAUGUAGACAGAUUGAGUAAAGAUAGUCGGGGGUAAAUCUCGCAUCUCUCUCUACGUUACUGAGCGACAAUGCGAUUCAAUGACUUAGUCGCCGGCUGUGUUAUGGUCAUUUACAUUUUGAUUGUUGUGGAAUGGUCGGGUGCUUUGGAGAUCCGAGUUUCAACCGCCACCGGACAUGAUAACAAAUCUUGUCUACUUUCGAGCGCCUCGGGACCUUGUAAAACGGUCGGAUUUGCUCUAAAUGCCAUGGAGGAUGAAGAGAACCACAAUCAAACACUCUUUAUUUUUCAGAUCGAAGAUCACAUUCACUCUUUGGACAAACGGAUCAACAUCAGUCAAACCAACCCAAGGAGAGGUAUUGUUCUGCAAUCAAGUCACGCAAAUGGAUCCAUUAUUAGAUGCACAGAUGUCUCUGCUGGAUUUGAUAUCGGAUCUCGAGUUACUCAAAUCAGACAAGACAAGACAAGAAAUAUUAGCAUAGAAAACCUCAAAUUUCAACAAUGUGGCCCUCGCUUCGCCGCUACUGUUCUCAUAUGGAAUUCUGUUAAAAUAAACUUCAGGAAUUGUGUAUUUGAACAUAACAAACAGGCUGGGAUUAACGCCUUUGAUAGCGAGGUUACUAUAGAAAGUUGUAUUUUCCAAAAUAACACUUCAAAUGGACGCAAUUCCAGCGAGAAGUUUAAAGAAGGGUUUACCUCGGCCGGUGGUGCAGCAGGAUUUCUGUUUCGAACUUCAGUUCCUCUUUCUGUGGUAAUAACAAAUUCAACUUUCACCUUCAACUCGGCCGUGACGAAUGAUUCAGCAUCGUAUAUUGCACCUUCAUCAAAUGUCUCGCACUUCACUGCAGGAGGUGGGGGUCUUCUAGUUGUGUUCUUGAAGAAGACUGAACACUGUCGUGCUGUGAUAGAAGACUCUAAGUUUUCGAACAACUCGGCAACGUAUGGAGGGGGAUUCUACUUUGCCGACUCUAACUCGGCGUCGAAAAACAACUUGUCGAUAAUUGGCUCGCAUUUUGUGAGAAACAGAGCCGGACAAACCGGAGGGGGGCUGAUAUUCUCCCAAUGGGACAAUGCGUCUAGCAUCACAAGUGUCAUCAGAAACUGCACCGUGAAAGAAAAUAAGGCGAGGAGAGGAGCAGGGGUUAAUGUUUUUCUCAUGAACUAUGAUGACAAACCGAACGACUCCGUGUUGAGGUUUGAUAAUGUGGUGUUUAGUGACAAUAGGGGCGAUGCCAGUACAGCGAUUCGCUUCACCACUGCGCUUCCGUAUGGAAGCACUAUGGAUGUUACCCCCGAGUUUAUAAACUGCAAGUUUGAGAAUCACAAUAUGUCGAGUAUUGCACGUACUAGUCCGUUCACAAGUCAAAGGGUGAACGUAAGGUUUCAGGGAAGCAACAUUUUUCAGCGCAACUAUGGUGGAGGCGCAGGAAGUUUUCAGGAUUGCGUUUUACAUGUGGAGGGACAGCUGGUUUUUGCUAACAACACGGGGUCCCAUGGAGGAGCGUUGUUCCUGCAAUCUAGUCAAAUGAUACUUUACCCCGGAAGUGAACUCAUGUUCUUAGGAAACAAAGCCGAUGGAAUCGGCGGCGCGAUACUUGUAUGGGAAAACAUCAUGAGCGAGUUUAUACACGAGUUUAAUCCUAACUGUUUCCUGGCUUAUAGUGACCAUUACUUGCCCCCAUCGAAAUGGAAGACCAACGUAUCCUUUAUCGAGAAUAGCAGCAGGAUAAAAGGAGCAGCUAUUUAUAUCUCCUCUCUUCAAAGAUGUGUGUGGAUUGAAGAGGCUCCGUACCACGAUCCGCAGAAAGCUCUCCGCUGGUCUAGUAAUAUUUUGUACAGAAAUAACUCGCUUGUUUUCGACGGUGUCCCACACGUCUUCAGUGGAACUGAGUAUGAUAUUGCCACAGACACAAAAAAUUACAAUUCGACUUUGGGAGAUAAUUCUACUGUGAAGCUCGCUCCAGGUCAAAAGUUUCCUUUGAAUCUGCAAGGAGUUGAUGAACUUGGACACAGUGUGUAUACGACUGCUUUUGUGGCUGAAGAAGGCAGCUCUGACAACACAUCAAAAUUGAUGCUUAGUAAUGUACUGUACGUGCUCUCGCCUAACAAAUCAAGUACUGUAUCGUUUUCGUUCAAUGCUCCUGAGACAGUUUACAACGAAGCACAAAACAGAGGUGAAAAGAAUAGGCGAAGGAUUCAAUUUGUGGAUAUCUUUUCUACCUUACCAAAUGGAUAUUCCUUUGAAAUGGAGCUUCAAACGUGUCCGCCUGGAUUUAAUUUCAACAAGGACACUAAAGCGUGCGAAUGUAAUAGGAAACUUCCUGGCAUUUCGAGAUGCGAGAAUGGACAUACUGUUUAUUUAAAAGAGGGAUACUGGGCGAAUGUAACUGAAAAUGGUACCCUGGUUACCUACUACUGUCCAUACAAGUAUUGUAAUUGUUCACAUGUCGGCGAACUACCUGGAUGUUUAUUCGAUCCAGCCAACAGUAUUGCUCAAUGCGCAAAGAACCGCGAAGGCUGGCUGUGUGGUAAAUGCUCUGGAAAUACUAGCGUGGGGUUAAGAUGGAACGAGUGCGUCGAUUGUCCCAAUCCAGGAUGGGUAUUGGGUGUGGUUAUACCUCUUGUCAUGGCCUUGUGUGUUCUCAUCAUUUGGCUCAAUCCCGGUAUAUCUAGCGAGUUAAGAGGACCUCUGUACUUCUUCCAAGUUCUCCCUUGCAUAUUCGACCCCACCAGCCAAUUUGGGAGUCACAUCUUCCUUUUAGCGGAUUUAUUCAACUUUGGAGGGCCGUUAGUCUAUCUGACGAAGACAUGUAUUGUAGGAGAAAUUAAUAAUCUGUACUCAAUUGCCUUUGGGUACUUGGUUCCUUUUCUGGCUCUGUUGAUAUUCCUGUUUGCUUAUCUAUUGAGCAUUAACUAUUGCCUCAGGUUUAAAUUUCGCCAACGUUCGAUGCUCAAAUCUUUUUGGCUUCUUGUUGUCUUCAUCUACAACUAUUGUGUCGAGACGUCGUUUCUGAUCUUGUUUUGUCCAAAAGUUGGUGACAGUCACGUAUUCUUCUAUGAUGGAACCGUGGAAUGUUUCUAUGAUGACCAUUUGCCAAUGGCAAUCCUCGCUAUCCUUGUGCUUGUGUUCCUUGUGAUCCCCCCACCGAUCAUGGUUUUUCUUCUGACCAAUGGGUAUUGGAGGGUGGAUCCUCAAUACCUGAAUACACUGACAAGCGGUCUGCGCCUUGAGCGCCGUUGGUGGUGGUCAGUGGAUUUGUGUCGAAGAGUUCUCGUGGUUGGUACUUACGCGUUCGUCCCAAACUGGCAAACAAAGAAGAUUCUUAUGAUUUUGAUGUGCGUCUUGAUCUUGGCCGUCCACAGUAACUUUCAACCUUACUUGAAACCUCGUGUUAACUUUACAGAGUCUGUCUAUUUACUGGUUCUGGCCACUCUAGCUAUUAUGCAAAUUGUUGAAGAUGAAAUGGUUAGGUACGGCGUGUCCUUAGGUUUAGUGUUCACGGUGGCACUUCAUGCACUUGUGGUAACUGUUUAUAAGGGUGCGCGAUUCUUUCGUAAGCGUUUCGAGAUCGCUUGUGCAAGAAGGGGACUUGAAUCAAAUACAAGACAAAGAGACUAUGACCAGCUGGAGGACACAGAGAUCGAUCAGAACAGUUUGGACGCCGAGAGAGAAAGACAGAGGAACAUUAUGGACACGAUAUUUAACUCCCCCUCUGAAGGCGCAGAUCAUGAUUCAGAUUAAACACGCUUAAAGAAAGUUUAUGGACCUUGCAAGGGUUGUCUGAUGUUUGCGCACUAAUCAGGAGGACCGAGCUGAAAUUAUCUUCACGUUACCUAAGGGAACGGUCAUUAUCCAUCCCCUGGGGGUGGGGAGGGGGGGGGGAGUUUGGGUCGGAGGAUUUUGGUUGUGUCAGAGUUAAAAUUUACCUGAUCCCCCAUCCCCUUCCAUGAGGCUCUGAAAUGUUCAUAUGAUGGCAGUGAAUUGUCAGUCAAUUUUUUAUAGUCCUCCCUUUCUCUUCUAUUCGCGACGACUGAUUUUCCCUUUAUUCCCCUUGAAAACCAUGUGAUCUCCCUAAAAAAUCGUCCGACCCUUCCCUCCCAGGAAAAAAAUAAUGAUGGUCCCUAAUUUGAAAGGCUAACCAGAAUAUGAUCCUCAACUUUUCAUGGGUGUGGAUUU